CCCCCGCUAAGUGUCCGCUUUCUCCUCACUUCUGCGCUCUCCAUUAGCCGCUGCCGGCGGCACCGGGGAAGGUUUCGUGCCGUAAAUGGGUUCCCUGUCACGUUCAAUCACUGUCAGGCCGGAGACGCUGCUCCUCUCCGUCCCACCGCGCCGCCCCUGCCCGGCCACCCGCCUGCCCCACGGCUGUGCACAGCUCUCCUGCGCGGUGCCGUCCCCCGAGAGCCCUCGCACGGGGGACACGCAGGGGACACACGGGAGGCUGGGCGCGCACGGCCGCUCACACCCAGCUCGGUCCCCCCAGGAACCUGCUGGACAUGGACACCUUCUCCAAGUCCGACCCAGUGGUCAUCCUCUUCGUGCAGGGCACGGGGAGCAGCGAGUGGAAGGAGCGCCGGGGCAGCUGCGCUGGGGAGGGAUGUGGGGAGACGUGGCGGCCCUCACAGAACCGUCCCCGCAGUUCGGGCGCACUGAGGUGAUCGACAACACCCUGAACCCCGACUUCGUCCGCAAGUUUGUGCUCGAUUACUACUUCGAGGAGAAGCAAAACCUUCGCUUUGACGUCUACAACGUGGACUCCAAGAGCUGCUCCAUCUACAAGCAGAAGGACUUCCUGGGGCAGGCAUUCGUGGCACUGGGAGAGGUGAUCGGGUCCCAGCGGGGCCGUCUGGAGAGAGCCCUCACGGGGGUCCCAGGGAAGCGAUGUGGGACCAUCCUGCUGCUGGCCGAGGAGCUGAGCAACUGCAGGGACAUCGUCACCAUGCAGCUGUGUGCCAACAAGCUGGACAAGAAGGACUUCUUUGGGAAAUCCGACCCCUUCCUCGUCUUCUACCGCAGCAAUGAGGACGGCACCUUCACCAUCUGCCACAAGACGGAGGUGGUGAAGAACACGCUCAACCCGGUGUGGCAGCCCUUCACUAUACCCGUGCGUGCCCUCUGCAACGGUGACUACGACCGAACGGUGAAGAUUGAUGUGUACGACUGGGACCGGGAUGGGAGCCACGACUUCAUCGGGGAGUUUGCCACCAGCUACCGGGAGCUGUCCCGUGCACAGAGCCAGUUCACGGUGUAUGAGGUGCUGAACCCUAGGAAGAAGUGCAAGAAGAAGAAAUAUGUCAACUCCGGCACCGUGACCCUGCUCUCCUUCUCCGUUGAGUCCGAGUUCACCUUCGUUGACUACAUACGGGGCGGGACACAGCUGAAUUUCACCGUUGCCAUCGACUUCACGGCCUCCAACGGGCUGCCGUCGCAGCCCACCUCGCUGCACUACGCCAGCCCAUACCAGCUGAGCGCCUACGCCCUGGCACUCAAGGCCGUCGGGGAGAUCAUCCAGGAUUACGACAGUGACAAGCUCUUCCCUGCCUACGGCUUCGGUGCCAAGCUGCCGCCCGAUGGCAAGAUCUCCCACCAGUUCCCCCUGAACAACAACGUGGACAACCCCAGCUGCGCCGGCAUCGAGGGUGUGCUGGAGUCCUACCUGCAGAGCCUGCGCACCGUGCAGCUUUACGGGCCCACCAACUUCGCCCCCGUCAUCAACCAGGUGGCCGGUACGGCCGCCCAGGUGACUGACGGCUCUCAGUACCACGUCCUGCUCAUCAUCACCGAUGGCGUCAUCUCCGACAUGAUGCAGACCAAGGAGGCCAUCGUCACCGCCUCUGCGCUGCCCAUGUCCAUCAUCAUCGUGGGAGUGGGGCCGGCCGAGUUUGAGGCCAUGGAGGAGCUGGAUGGGGACGAGGUGCGCGUGUCGUCGCGGGGACGCUACGCCGAGAGGGACAUCGUGCAGUUCGUGCCGUUCCGGGACUACGUGGACGAGGCGGGCAGCCAGGUGCGGAGCAUGGCGCGCCUGGCCAAGGACGUGCUGGCCGAGAUCCCCGAGCAGCUGCUGUCCUACAUGCGGGGCCGCGGCAUCGAGCCCCGCCGCAACGCCGCGCAGUGACGGGAGCGGCGCGGCCGCGUCACCGCCGGGUCCCCUCGGGGGGCGCCGGGCGCGGGGCUGUGCCGCUGUCACCGACUGCAAUAAAGCGCUGCAACCGCA